ACAGUCAAUGAGAUUUAGCCCUGUGUUCCUGAAAGCCGUGGCCCCACACCAGCUGCCAUAUUGCCUGAGGUCUGUUCAACUUAGAAGUGGAUACAAAGCAUCUUCAGUGCUCAAGGGCUAUAAGGAAGCAACUCAAGCAGAUUGGAAUGUGUCUCCUGGAUGCUGAGAUUUGAGACAAAGCUUUCCCCAUGGCUCCUUAUCACAUCCGCCAGUUCCAGGAGAGGGACUACAAACAGGUCAUAGACUUGUUCUCCAGGGGCAUGGAGGAGCACAUCCCUGCCACCUUCCGCCACCUGCUGAAACUGCCCCGAACCCUCCUGCUCUUAAUUGGGGUGCCUCUUGCCAUAGUCCUGGUGUCUGGCUCCUGGCUCCUGGCUGUUGUAUGCAUCGUCUUUCUGCUUCUAUUCUUGUGGUUCCUUGCCGGCCAGCCCUGGAAGAAUCAUGUGUCCAUGUGUUUGCACACAGACAUGGCUGACAUCACUAAGUCCUACCUGAGUGUGUCUGGCUCGGGUUUCUGGGUGGCUGAGUCUGGGGGACAGGUAGUGGGUAUAGUGGCUGCUCGGCCAGUCAAGGCUCCCCCAUCAGGGAGGAAGCAGCUGGAGCUUUUUCGCCUGUCUGUGUCCUCACAGCAUCGAGGACAGGGGAUGGCGAAAGCCCUGGUCAGAACUGUCCUCCAGUUUGCACGGGACCAGGGCUACAGUGACCUUGUCCUUGAGACCAGUGUCAUACAGCAAGGUGCUGUGAGCCUCUAUGAGGCUAUGGGAUUCCAGACGACAGGCCUAUUCUUACUGGACAGCAUUGUCGGAAGAGUCAUUGACUUUUUUGUAAUUCGUUUCAUGUACCCUCUCCCUUCUGCUCAGGAACCCAGACUUUGAUCUUAUUUCUUUCCAUAUCUGCCACGCUCCAUUUCACUGUGCUGUAACAAGGAAACCCUGAUAUUUCAGUGGACAAAUAAUAAAGGCAGCUUUUUCAGACUCUUUCAA